GGAGCAAAACGGACGCGAUUUCUGGCUCGUUAACCUUGUUGAUGAAGGGGAAAGGCAGUGCAGAGGGAAACAGCAACGCUUUUCCGACCUCGAGAACGAGGGGUAUAAGAGAAACGAACCCCAUCCCUCGACACCUACGUUUGUUUUACCGCCAUGCACAUCAUUCCGAAUCAAUACUUAUUGUAAUGUAUUAUCAUUGACUAUAAAAAUCCACAAAAGCGACUCGUUUAACACAACUACGAGGUACUAGGUGUUACAAAGGGGAGGGAGCUUUAUUCGAGAGAUGAGACUUUUCCCAUGAGAUGGUGCAUCCGAUCGCGGAGGAACUGCAAUCUUGUCCGCACUUGAGGGUCGGUUGCCGGGAAACAACCACGCACCGGAGCCGGCCGAGCCUUACAGAAGGUCUUUAGUCCAAAGCGACGACUUUGACCUUCCUAAGAUGGCGCCUCGACCUUAACUACGGACAUCACGCACGCACCACUUCAGCUGUGGCUGCCACUUCCGGCCCAAAGACCCGACAGCUGUCCACGGUUGUAGCCGGACGCAGGUUAUGCUCGUGAGCCUUUUCUUCUGACGGUGGCGUCUGGAGGCGCUAAAGGAUAGCAUCAGCGGUGGAUUCUCCACAGCUUCCUGCUCCCUGAGGCCGUCCGCGACGCUCCCGCUGGUGGCCGAGCGGAGUUUUGAUCAGGCAGACGCCGCGGACAGCCCGAUGCUCGCCGGGCUUCGGCGGGCGAGGGAAGACCCGAGAGUCGCGGGCUGCGCAAGAUGGCGACGACGGCCGCAUCUUCGGCGUCCGAGCCGGAGGUUGAGCCCCAGGCCGGGCCUGAGGCCGAGGGAGAAGAGGAUGAGGCGAAGCCGGCCGGUGUGCAGCGGAAGGUGCUGUCCGGCGCUGUGGCCGCGGAGGCGGCGGAGGCCAAGGGCCCCGGAUGGGACCUGCAGCGGGAAGGCGCGAGCGGGAGCGAUGGGGAUGAGGAGGACGCCAUGGCUUCCUCCGCCGAGAGCUCCGCCGGGGAGGACGAGUGGGAGUACGACGAGGAGGAGGAGAAGAACCAGCUGGAGAUCGAGCGGCUGGAGGAGCAGCUGUCCAUCAAUGGCUAUGAUUACAACUGCCACGUGGAGCUCAUCAGGCUGCUGCGGCUGGAAGGCGAGCUCAGCAGAGUGAGGGCGGCCCGCCAGAAGAUGAGUGAGCUCUUCCCCCUGACCGAAGAGCUCUGGCUGGAGUGGCUCCACGAUGAGAUCAGCAUGGCCAUGGACGGCCUGGACCGCGAGCACGUGUACGAGCUCUUUGAGAGAGCCGUGAAGGACUACAUCUGUCCAAACAUUUGGCUAGAGUAUGGCCAGUACUCAGUUGGUGGCAUUGGUCAGAAAGGUGGCCUUGAGAAGGUUCGCUCUGUCUUUGAAAGAGCCCUGUCCUCUGUUGGCCUGCACAUGACGAAAGGCCUGGCCAUCUGGGAGGCCUACCGAGAGUUUGAAAGCGCCAUCGUGGAGGCUGCUCGGCCCAUAGCUGCCUUCCUUUCCCCUUCUGACCGGGAACAAACCUUUGAUUCACAGCUGGAGAAAGUGCACAGUCUCUUCCGGCGACAGCUGGCGAUCCCACUGUACGAGAUGGAGGCCACCUUUGCAGAGUAUGAAGAAUGGUCAGAGGAGCCCAUGCCGGAGUCUGUACUUCAGAGCUAUCAGAAAGCGCUGGGGCAGCUAGAGAAGUACAAGCCUUACGAGGAAGCGCUGCUGCAGGCAGAGGCCCCUCGGCUGGCGGAAUACCAAGCUUACAUCGACUUCGAGAUGAAAAUCGGGGAUCCUGCCCGUAUUCAGUUGAUCUUUGAGCGUGCCCUGGUGGAGAACUGCCUGGUUCCAGACUUAUGGAUCCGCUACAGUCAGUACCUAGAUCGACAGCUGAAAGUUAAGGACUUGGUUUUAUCUGUACACAGCCGUGCUGUGCGGAACUGCCCAUGGACAGUUGCCCUGUGGAGUCGGUACCUUCUGGCCAUGGAGCGACAUGGACUGGACCAUCAAACGAUUUCUGCGACCUUCGAGAACGCUCUGAGUGCCGGCUUCAUCCAGGCCACUGACUAUGUGGAGAUCUGGCAGGUGUACCUCGACUACCUGAGGAGAAGGGUUGACUUCAGACAGGACUCUAGCAAGGAGCUGGAAGAGCUGCGGUCCAUGUUCACGCGAGCUCUGGAGUACCUGCAGCAGGAGGUUGAGGAGCGUUUCAGCGAGAGUGGGGAUCCAAGCUGCCUGAUCAUGCAGAGCUGGGCUCGGGUUGAGGCUCGCCUGUGCAAUAACAUGCAGAAAGCCCGAGAGCUCUGGGACAGCAUCAUGACCAGAGGGAAUGCCAAGUACGCCAACAUGUGGCUGGAGUAUUACAACCUGGAACGGGCACACGGUGACACACAACACUGUCGGAAGGCUCUGCACCGAGCUGUCCAGUGCACGAGUGACUACCCUGAGCACGUCUGUGAAGUGUUGCUCACCAUGGAGAGGACAGAAGGGACCUUAGAAGAUUGGGAUCUAGCCAUUCAGAAAACGGAGACGCGCUUGGCUCGUGUGAAUGAGCAGAGAAUGAAGGCCGCAGAGAAGGAAGCAGCUCUUGUGCAGCAGGAAGAAGAAAAGGCCGAGCAGCGGAAGAAGGUGCGGGCGGAGAAGAAAGCCCUGAAAAAGAAGAAGAAAACGCGAGGUGCCGACAAGCGCAGGGAGGACGAGGACGAGGAGAACGAGUGGGGCGAAGAGGAGGAAGAGCAGCCUUCCAAACGCAGAAGGACGGAGAACAGUCUGGCCUCUGGAGAGGCUUCGGCUAUGAAGGAAGAAACAGAGCUCUCCGGGAAAUGCUUAACGAUAGAUGUUGGUCCUCCUUCCAAGCAGAAAGAGAAGGCAGCCUCCCUUAAGCGGGACAUGCCCAAGGUGGCUCACGACAGCAGUAAGGACAGUGUCACCGUGUUUGUCAGCAACCUGCCCUACAGCAUAGAAGAGCCCGAGGUGAAGCUCAGGCCGCUCUUUGAGGUCUGUGGGGAGGUGGUCCAGAUCAGGCCAAUUUUCAGCAACCGCGGGGACUUCCGGGGCUACUGCUAUGUGGAGUUUGGAGAGGAGAAGUCAGCCCAGCAGGCCCUGGAGCUGGACAGGAAGAUUGUGGAGGGCAGGCCGAUGUUUGUGUCCCCCUGUGUGGAUAAGAGCAAAAACCCUGAUUUUAAGGUGUUCAGAUACAGUACCACCCUGGAGAAACACAAACUCUUCAUCUCUGGCCUGCCCUUUUCCUGCACCAAAGAGGAGCUCGAGGACAUUUGUAAGGCCCACGGCACCGUCAAGGACCUCAGGCUGGUCACUAACAGGGCUGGCAAGCCGAAGGGCCUGGCGUAUGUGGAGUAUGAAAACGAGUCCCAGGCGUCCCAGGCAGUGAUGAAGAUGGACGGCAUGACCAUCAGAGAGAAUGUCAUCAAGGUGGCAAUCAGCAAUCCCCCUCAGCGAAAAGUCCCAGAGAAGCCAGAAGUGAGGACAGCACCAGGGGCCCCCAUGCUCCCCCGGCAGAUGUAUGGCGCGCGCGGGAAGGGACGGACCCAGCUCUCUCUUCUUCCUCGAGCUCUGCAGCGCCAGGGUGCUGCUCCUCAGGCUGAGAACGGCCCAGCUCCGGGGCCCGCGGUCGCCCCGUCUGUGGCCACAGAGGCUCCUAAGAUGUCCAAUGCUGAUUUUGCGAAGUUGCUUCUGAGAAAGUGAGCAGGACUCUGAGAUGGAGAUGCCUUACCUGUCCUCAAGCUGGCCGGGCUGGCCACCACGGGCCCUGGAGACGGAAGGGCUGGGCACUUGCCUGCGCUCCCACAGAUUCUCCUCUGGUGUGGAUGGGAAGGGAGAGCCUAUGGUGAACAUGGCGGUGAGGAGUGUUCCCUCACAUUGAGGGCGGAGGCCAACCGCUCUACAGGCUGUCCCAAGGUACGUUAGUGUCCUAACAAGGAGGGACCCAGCUUUCGAGGCCCACUUGUCCUGAUGCUUUCACCGCCUCUGGCCCCUUUUCUACGAACCCCCUCCCCCAGCCCUGCACAGCACGUGUGCCCAUCACUCUGUAAGUGUGGAAGAUGGAAUGGGAGAGCUUGUCACUCAUCAGAAUGGCCUGUCGAGAAGUGCGGGACGUCACAGAAGACACGUGUGAUGGGCUUUUGUCCAAAGAGGCUAUGAGUUUUUCUAUUAUGUAUUUCUAAUUGACACUGUUUAAUGUUCCCUAAAAGUGGAAUGUCUGCGACCUUUGUUCUUAGGAAUUGUGUGCCAGCCACUCUGGACCACUUUCUUUGCCUGAUGACUGGAGCCCUAAGCCCUCUGUUCAGAUGCUCACUUCGAAAUGCCAUGUCUAGUACAAAGUUGAGUCUCCCCAUUGAGUUUUGUUUAUUAAACUGAAGUUCUUACAGAA